UGGUAACAAAUGAUUUAGUCCGGAAGUUGUGUUCAGUCUAUGAUUGGAGAAUGUCGGUGGGUGUUGCGCUGUUUUUCUUAUCGUCAUUGGAUUUCCUCUCCGCCGCUCACAGUCGCUGCAGCUUCUUUUUGAGGCACUUCCUGAACAGCGACAGCAUUCACAGCCAGCGACUCGCUGUCGUCGUGAACGGGGAGACAAGAUGAGGAACAAAGGUGUUUGGGAGGGAACGUAAGCCUUCUAUCAUGGACAUAAAGAUGACAUAAACUGAAGACCACCCCGAACUGUCCUUCUGUUUGCCCUUUCCCCCCUUGUUUUGUUGUUUAUUUGUUGUUAUUUUUUUUAAAGUUCAUUGUACCACACUACUGUCUAUCAAUCUGACCUUGUCACUCCUCUUAUCUCACUCUAAUGCAUAACUGAUAUUUAAGAAAGCAAUAGAGGAAUCAAAGGUCUUAGAAAACACAUGUUUAUGGCAACAAUUACACUUCAUGCUGCACUUGCCAUCCAAUGUACUUUACUUAAAUCUUGAGUGUUUGUUUAAUUUUUGUCUUAAUUAAUACUAAUAUCAAUCUGUGCUUUAUACAAUUACAUAUUUUAGCUCUUUUUGUAAUUAUUUAAAAUGUUUUUUUUAUGUUGCGCUUGCAUUUUAUUACUAUUUCUAAAGGUGGCUUGAGAUUGACAUGUGAACCAAUUUUUGUAUUUAUGCAAUUUUUUGAGAAGAACCUAUUGUUUGAAUGAAGUUUGGCCUGUCUGUGUCAGGGGGCCGUAAUCACAGAAAUCCUCGAUUGCUUGUUUAACAAGUCUGCGUCUUCACUGGAUGAUUAUUCCAACCAAAUGCCUCAUUGAACUGGAAGUUUUUCUUUUUCAAAUGAAGGCCUCGCCUGUCGAGCAGAAGUAAUUUUGGACUUUAGAAUGACUUCAGGGUUACUCAGACUUUCAGAAACCUUUUUGAUUUUAUUGUUUUUCCUGUGAAUCUUGAAGAGCUUCCAAAUUCCUCUAUUUUUUUAAGUUUAUUGCUGCAGAAAUUUGUCUGUUUUGUUUGUUGAUUGGCAAGUUUAAUCAACUUGAAGAAGAAGAAGAAGGAUGCGAUCCCCUGAACCGCCUCCAGCAGAAGCCCUGCUCCACGGCCAGUUUGCUAGCUGGGGGUCGGGCACCAACAGCAACAGCAACAGCCGUCCCAGCAGCCCCAGUGGCAUCGGAGGACUCUCCCCCGCUGCAUCCCCAACGUCUCCUCCGGUGUCCAACUAUGCCUUGACCCUCACGCACAGCCACAUCCACAUCCAGAGACUGUCGCCGAAGCCGGGGAAGGAAGGGCGACUCCUGCUGCCCCUGUCGGAGCUGGUGGGGUGCAGCUGUCCCCGCGCUCCUGCACCCCCACUGUUUGUGCUGUACUGGUACCCUCCGGGGAAACGAAGGAAAGGGGUCUCCCGGCGCAGGCAGGUGAGGGCCUACCUGGCUGAGAGCAGGCCGGAAGCUGAAAGGUGGUCGGCUGCUGUGCAGUGUCUCCUCAGAGGUGUGACCGUUACUGCUGACACAGAAUUUUCUAGAAGUCUUCUACCUCGUCCCAGGCGGCUGCUGUUAUUGGUGAAUCCAUUCAGUGGAAGGGGCCAAGCGAUGCAGUGGUGUCAGACCCACAUCCUGCCAAUGAUUAGAGAGGCCAACAUCAGCUACAAUCUCAUACAGACUGAACGGCAGAAUCAUGCAAGAGAGCUGAUCAGAGAAGUGUCCCUUUCUGACUGGGACGGCAUCGUCAUUGUUUCUGGAGAUGGCCUGUUGCAUGAGGUAAUUAAUGGUUUAAUGGAGCGUCCAGACUGGGAACAAGCAAUAAAAACACCUGUCGGCAUUCUGCCCUGCGGCUCUGGGAAUGCACUGGCUGGUUCCGUCAAUCACAACGCAGGGUAUGACAUGUGCCUUCGAGAGCCGCUCCUCCUGAACUGCUGCUUUCUCCUGUGUCGAGGCGGCGUGCGACCGAUGGACCUGGUCUCCGUGACAACGAGCCCGGCUCCGUCCAACAAUAGUCACGCUGCAGCACCCAGGAGAGUCUUUUCCUUUCUUUCUGUGGCCUGGGGCUUUGUGUCUGACGUGGACAUUGAAAGCGAAAGGUAUCGCGGCCUGGGCUCAGCCCGCUUCACCCUGGGCACUUUAGUUCGCAUAGCUUCACUCCGCUCCUACAAAGGCCGCCUGUCCUUCCUGCCUCCCUCCGUCGUCCCCUCAUCCUCAGACUGCACCACCCCCCCGCCGAGGAGACCCCUGUCCCGCAGCAUCACCGAAGGCCUGGAGGGGUUUUGCCGUCUGCCCAUCCACCGCACCUGCUCGGACAUGGGCAUCAGCGAGCAGAGGAGUCUGCGGAGGGGUGAAGGAGAAAGGGAGAAGGAGGAGAGGCAGAGGGAAAGGGAGAGGAGGAGGGAGAGGGCCAGAGGGGGGGGGACUGGCGUGGUGAGGGCGAGCAGUUUGGCAGAGGACAGGGAGAGGGAGGGGGAGAUGGAAGCAGAGGAUGAGAAGUCGAGGACUUGUUCGGAAAGGUCUGGAACGAGUUCCGAAUCGAAUGAAACGGACAAAGAAAGGUUGGAGAAAAUUGAAGACGAGGGACAGGAAUCUGUUGAGAUGGAGGAGGAUGGAGAGGGGAGUGGCAAUGAAGAAGAGGGAGCGUUGCAGGCAAGAGAGGUAGAAGAGGGGUACGGGGUGGACAUGGGGCGAGAGGCGGAUGAAGAACCGGAGGACUCCGUCACUUAUCCAGAUGGCAGACAGGGGGUGAGGAAGAAUUCAGCCCCGUCCAGCGAGAUCUGCAACGACCUGCUGAGUCAGCCUCUUCCGAGCACAGCAGAUGGGGUGGAGGACAUGGAUCUGAACGGAACCUACUUCCCGAAAGACUCGUACACAGAUGUGGCUCGAGAGCGAUCUCUGACCAUCUCCUCUCCUUUUCGCCACUCUCCCUUUUCUUACAAGCAUAAAGCCCUGGACCAAAACGCCUCCCGUCCAAGACCUCUGUCACUCCUGCAGCACUCCCACACUAACUCUCUCCCCCCAAAACUGCCUUCCCUUUCACUGUCUCCCACACCCCCCUCCUCCCCCUCUUGUGCCUCCCCGCACGCGUCCUAUUACCUUAACCCUCGUCCGAACACGCCAAAUUCCUCCUCGCCCUCUCCGUCCAUGCGCACGCCGUCCUCAUCUUUCAACUUUGACAUUUCCGAAGCUUCACGACCCUUCAAGAACCGUCCAUUUGUCACGCUGCCCCCAGAUCUGCCCCGAGACAACUUGCUACCCCCUCUCGACCAGCCCCUCCCCACCAGAGACUGGGUCACCAUCGAGGGGGACUUUGUGUUGGUCUUGGCCCUCUAUCAGACCCACCUGGGGGCCGACCUUCACGCCGCGCCUCAAGCCAAGUUUGACGACGGGCUCAUUCACCUGACGUUUGUGCGGGCUGGGAUCUCCAGAGCCACACUGCUUAGAUUGUUCUUUGCCAUGGAGAGAGGAACGCACCACUCCGUCAGCUCGCCGUACGUGAGCCACGUUUCCUGUAAGGCCUUCAGGCUGCAACCUCUGUCUGCUAAAGGAACGCUGACCGUCGACGGAGAACUGGUUCCUUAUGGGCCACUCCAGGCACAGGUCCAUCCUUCCUUGGCUCGUCUCAUAGUUGGAGACUACGGAGUGAAGAUUACCAGCUUUUAAUCAGGGAUUGGUGGAAUCGAUUGACAUAUCAACGCUCUACUGAACUACUUUACUGUCAUCUGUAACGUUGGCGGACAGACUAAAACACUUCUAGCCUGGAGUGCAGGAGCAGCAUUAGGUAGUGUUUUUUUCUGAAAGGGAUAACCCACAGAGCCAUGCAUCACGUAGAGCCAUGCAUCACUGAAGAACAACUGCAGGGAAAAGUUGCAGAUGGAGAAAGAGGUGCGUUUUGCACAGAUGUUGGCGCUUUCGGCGUUCCAAAAGAAGCAUGAAAACUGCACAGCUUGGAUACUAAGAGGGAAAAACAGAUGAAUGUUUGGGUUUUUUAUUCAUUAUGUGAAUGUGUGCAUAAUAGUAUGCAUGCUGAACAGCACUACCUGUCUUUCUUUUUUGUUUUGUUUGUUGCCUUACACUGAAUCAUAAAAACACAAACUUGCAGAGAAAAAUGUUCUCUUAUUUCUAAAUUUACACCUUUGGACCUUUUGAAGGAGUGCCUUAUCUGGCACUGUGCAGUUCAGUCGUGUACUUUUACAUGUGCUUUCUCAAAUCUAAAUGAUCUCUGCCCUUCUAUCAAUGAUUUAGAUACCAAAAAAGCUUGGAUCAACUCAAACUUUUUAACUCUCUUCAUUAACUGCUACAGCAGAGGCUGCAAAGACACUUUUAAUGCCAAUAAGUCGACAUGGAAAACUAUUCAGAACAAAUUUGUUUCACAUUUGUGCAUUUUUCCUGUUUCUCCUUAACCUGUGGAUGUAAUACCAUGCUGGUUAUAAAGACCAAUAACUAUGGUUUUUGGCAAUCCCAGCCUCAGUUCAUUUUAAAGAUCCAAACUCAACUGUUUUAUGUGACAUUUUAAUUAUUUUUACUUUAGUGUUUAACAUGCCUCUGUUAAGUUUGCAUUACUACAAUAAUUUUGCACAAUACUUAGAAGGGAAGCAGACUGAAAAAUCAAGACACAAGAGUUCUAUCAGGAUUGACAUGCUGACGGCAGAAUAAUAUGGGAAGGCUUUAUUUUGAAAGGUAGAUUCACCAGCAAUGGCUGUUAAACUCUAGUAAGAAAUACAAAUCAUCGACUUCAUUAUGUCAACACUUUUUAUAUCACUGACAGCUGUUUAAAGAUGGGACUGACUUUUUACACAAAUGUUGAGGAAACAAUCAAAUGACACUAAAUUAGAUCAGCGCAGAGCUUCUACUUCAACACAAAAGAUAUAAAAAAAAAAACACUUGUUCAAAAUAAGUAAUAUUAAACAUGGGUUUGAAGACUAAGGUUUUAUUUUUUGUAAAUCCUGUUUACAUUCUUUGCUAAAUCCUUAGCACGUGCCAAUGGAUCAGUCAGUGAAAUGAUGUGCCAACUGCUUGAAUCAUAAUCAACAUACCAUGCUGGGCCAAAUCACGGCCGUUUUGUAUAGUGAGCCUUUAAAUUGUGGCUGUUGUUUAUGAAUUUUUGACAAACAAACCCUAGGUGCCCUUUAGGAAGUGGAAACUGCAAUACAUGUAUUUUGCAUUAGGUCUUAAUGGGUUCAACGUCACUGCUGACUUGGAGUCAAACUUCUUGACCACGUUUUUUGCUUCAAAAUGCAGCUAGAACACUAUACUAACCUUGUGCUUUCACAGCUACAGAAUGUAAGUACAGCAUGUUUGGUCUUUCUUGUGAUUUGGAAUUCUGCACACACUUUAAUUCUUAAACCUGCCAAAACCUUUUUUUCCCCUUUUUGUUCACAUUGAAAGUCCAGCUAUGAAAGCUUACUUUUCUAAUCCUGUUGUUGUUUAGAGCCAGAAUGGGGUUAUAGUGUUACGCAUAAAUUUGGUUUGAUUCCUUCCUUGAUAAUGCCAGUAAGAUGUCUUUAGUUUGCUGCCUGUAAAGAAAUUGUAAUUAUUACUAAGCCAAUGAAAUCAUAUACAUUAGAAUGUACAGUUUUUAGUUCUGUUUUCCAAUAAAUGUAACUCAUCAA